GAACAUGCCUCUCGCAAAAGAUCUCCUUCAUCCCUCUCCGGUGGAGGAGAGGAAGCACAAGAAGAAGCGCCUGGUGCAGAGCCCCAAUUCCUACUUCAUGGACAUGAAGUGCCCAGGAUGCUAUAAAAUCACCACGGUCUUUAGCCAUGCACAGAUGGUAGUUCUGUGUGUUGGCUGCUCCACUGUCCUGUGCCAGCCUACAGGAGGGAGAGCAAGGCUCACAGAAGGAUGUUCCUUCAGGAGGAAGCAGCACUAA